UUUUGAUACUUUUAUUUUAAAAUGAAAUAAAUGAAUAUCAUAAUUAUAAUGUUUCAACCAUAUUAAUAUUCAAAUUUCCGGCCAAAAAACCUACGUGAGCACUGAAAUUCCAUAUGUAGAGUACACCGUACAGAGGGGCGGAGGGAGGGGGUGGCCUGGCUGGGCCCCCAAGGCAAUUUUUUUUUAUUUUUUAAGGGGAAUUCUAUUUGCAGUCACUCUUUUACUAAAUACAGCCCCAUAUAUCUUCAAAUGUCUAAAUUAUCCUUGCAACGGUGCAACCACAAACUUAAUCUUCAUUGAACUUGGCCGGAUACAAAUGAUCCUUCCAGAUCUGAAAAACUGGUCCAGUUGCUCGGUCAAGUCACACGGAGCUUAGGACCGACGCUCAACGGACGAGUUCUGCUACCUCCGUCGCAGCGCCGCCCAGUCCCCGGUUGCUCUGCCACCGCUCCGGUCGCCAUCGCAGUUGAGGGAAAGCCUAGUCCUUGAUUACAACCUCUGUAAUUCUUGGUUCAGUUCUUGGAGCUCAACCUCGAAGGUCCGCCAUUAAUGGCCACUCAAAGCUCUGGGAAGGACAAACUACCCCAAACCCAUUGUCGGUUUCACGGACGGAAGUCUAUGCCCUAUACAAUACCUGUCUCCCAGCAACUUUGGUCCUUCUUGGUCCCAGCGAUGUCAACUCCCGGUCCUUCUUGAACAUUUGAUUCAACUUAAACUUAUAUGGUUGAUUCUUCUUCUUUUGUGCUUGUGUCCGUUGAGUCUCUUCAAGUUCCACCGCAGGUGUCUUCUGACGGUCUUGAACUUGAUGCGGAGUUUCAGCCUAUUGAUUUCAGUGGGUAGCUAGAGCCUAGAGAGAAGAUGACCUUGAAAAGAAGUAGAGGAAUGAAAUUAAGCAGACUUGAGUCGACACUAUGAAAGAAGCGGAGGAUGAAGUUAAGGGUAAAAUUAAAACUGGCUCAGGAUAAAAAUUUACGGCCCAAAAAAAAACAGUCCAACUCCUAAGCAACAGUCCGGGAGGCAAACAGCAUUAGUAAUCGUCGAUUCGCCUGACUCUCGCCUUCUCUUCGCCGACUAGCCGGAGACGCACGUCACGCACCCUGCUUUUCCUCACUAAUCGCCGAUUCGCCGACUCGCCUUCUUCACGCAAACGGCAUCAGUAAAUCAGUAAUAGCCUUCUGCUUUUCCUCUCUUCAAGGUCGCUGGUCCUGCUUCAGCCUUCAAGGAGAGCCGCAGCCCGCAGAGCCACGGCAGAGCUCCAAGUCGGCAGCUAUGGUGGUGUUUGGAUAGCAGCGGAUUAACCAAACCGCCAUUGUUUUAAUGAAGGAAAACGCUGGUAUUUCCAGCGGAUUGGCUACAAACCGCUGAUAAACAAACAACCCCAUAAUCGCUUGAAUAGAGAGGGUUUUGCACUUCUGCGAUUUUGGCCGACAGUGAGAAGCAGGGAAGGCCAAUCGAUUUCGCAUCUGACAUCUCCAGUCCGUUCACCUCGCAUAAUCGGGAAUUGAGAGAAAUCAAUUAGCAUCUCGAUAAUCCGAAAAGUUUAACACCACCGUAUUGCCGCCUCAAACACUUUGACUUGUGGAUUGAUUCUUCUGUCUUCAUCUACCUUAUACUAAAUCUGUGAAGCCUUUUGCAAUUGCAGAUUUGCAGACGGCAGACGGGUUGUUGACUUGUACCUCAUGGAUUACAAAUUGCUGGCUGCCUAAGAUCUAAGUGCCUGGCUUCAGAAUUACUUGAGGUUUAAGUGAAGGAGAGACUAUUAUCCAUUCAUCUUUGGUGCAAAAAACGCUUUGUACGGUGUUAGCCGCCUCGAAAUGCCUAGAGCGACGGUGAAACACACGCUCUGUCACGAUUCCGUCAGUGCGAAGACAAGAGAAGUUUUGAAGACACAAGUUUCCCCUUUUCUCGAUAACAUGAGAUAUGGCUAUGGAGUUUAAAGAGGAGCACGAAGAGGCAUAUGCAGGAGACUUGACUAAUCUUGUUUGUCGAAUGAAAGGGAGUUGGUGUGUAUUUUGUUGAUUUUUUGUAUUGUUGGUGAGUAUCUUGAAGAUCAUGUUGGCAUCAUCCAGAAAUUCGUAUCGUGAAUGUUCAAAAUCCAUGGUAUACAUCUCCAAAAUUUGCAGGAGCUCUCUCCUCUGCUCUACCAUUUUGGCGGACGGUGAUCUUACUUUAUUGUCACAAGAAAGAAAAACAUUAUUUGCCAGUUCAAUCAGUCCUGUGCAGGAAUGGACGCGGAGAUUCUUCUAUGAGUGCUCUCCCGUCAACACAUUGUUAUUUCAAAGAUCGUUUGCUUCUCAUCAGAAGCGACGGUCAGAUGCUAUACGAAGUGAUGUUUCAAUUGAGCUGAAGGCUGAUAGAGAUGUGGUGAGAUUUUCAGUUGGUCAAGAGAUGCAGAAGGAUGGUUCACUAAGAAAAGCUAAGAAAGGGGCCAGGAAGAUUAAAGUGUCUAAAAGGGCUAAAGUGAAUGAACUUAGGUUUUAUAGGUUGAAGGCAAGGAAAAAAAUGAAAUCACCAAAUCCUGAAGUUAGAAUCAGAUACAAGCUCGAUAAGGCUAAACGGAAAGAGGUUUGGUUGAUCGAGAAGCUGAGAAAAUUUGAGCUUCCUAAAGCUCCAACUGAACCACAGGAUCCAGAAAUUUUGACCGAGGAAGACCGCUUUUACCUGAAACGCACUGGUGAGAAAAAGAAAAAUUAUGUUCCCGUUGGAAGAAGGGGAGUGUUUGGGGGUGUAGUUUUAAAUAUGCAUCUUCACUGGAAAAAUCAUGAGACAGUAAAAGUUGUAUGCAAGCCUUGCAAGCCAGGGCAAGUUCAUGAAUACGCUGCUGAACUGGAACGUUUGAGCGGAGGCAUUGUUAUUGACAUUAAACCUGAUAAUACAAUAAUAUUUUAUCGGGGAAAGAAUUAUGCCCGACCAGAUGUUUUGUCCCCUCCAGACACCCUAUCCAAAGCAAAGGCAUUGGAAAAGUACAAGCUGGGGCAAUCACUAGAUCACACAAGUCAAUUUAUUGAGAAAUUAGAAAAAGAACUGGAAGACUACCAUGAAUACCUUGGUCAGAAGAAGGAAAGAGAUGCUUUGAUGAGUUUGAAUGUGAAUGUGUUACCGACUGAAGCAUGUGAACUGAAGCUCCAAUGAUCAUGUUGAUGAUGAACAUGAAGCGCUUCGUUAACUUUUAUAUAGUUGCAUAUAUGCCUUUAUGAAGCCAUUACAUCACUGCCGCAGCUGAAUCAGCUAAUAAUGAAAAGGUGUCACACAAGAGGUAGUUAUUUGGCUUAAACGGCUAAAAUGAAAGAGUGACAUUUCAACGUUCUAUUUGUAUAUUGUUUUCUUGAAUUGAUUAAAGAAAUAUUCAAUAAUUUUAAUGUAAGAAAAUUAGGCCAUUUGAGCCCCAACUUUCACACAGUCAAUCACCUAAACUAUUGUAAGCCUUGUAAAACAGCCUAUCGCUUGACUAAAGAACUGUAAAAAUAUUCAAAUUUUUGUUAAGCUUUUUUAAGGUAUUCAUAAUACUUUCAUAA